AUUAAUAAAAUAAAAUAAAAUCAACAAAUGUUCAUAGCAUGUUUUGCAUGGGAAUGCAUUUGGAGAGUUUUUUUUUCAGUAAAAACACGAACAUGUUGGUGUUUAAUGUUUGUUUAUCUUUAAGAUAAAUACGUUUCCAUUUUUAAGAAGUGUGGUGCUUGUGCUUCGGCUGAGUGUUACUUACAAAUGACUGAGCUUUAACGCCAGUACAGGGACCAGUCCCUUACUUGCUCAUCAUUUAUGUUUUAUAUAAUAAUAAGCAUGUAAACGAAGUCAAAGCCAUUUCAAUUUUUUCAAUUCUUCUAAGCAUAGCGGUGUUAAAAUGCCAUCAUUUAAUUGAUAUUUAGUUAAUAUACUGUAAUAAUUUUUACACUGUAGGCUCUGAUUUUUCCUUGUAAAUGUGCUUUUGUAAUGGUCUUUUACUGUAUGUGUCUAAAGCUGACGAGUUGAAUUGGCAGUUAUAUUAGUACACAAAUGCUGCCUCCCAAUUCGCAUAGUUAUACUAUGCACUAAAAGUAUGUACUGGUUUUGUUAUGAAAAAGUAUUUACAUUUUUGUGUGGUAACAAAACAGUAUGCGCGCACUGUGCAAAACAGAAGAGGUCAUGGUUGCCUAGACAACACUGUGAUCGUUAACUGUCACAAACAUCAAAAUACAACCGUUGCAUUAUUCAUUUAUUAUUUCUUAAGUGAUGUUUACAGUAUACUUACAUUUAUUAAUUCAGCAAAGCAUCUUUUAUUAAAUUGUAUUAAUGCAAUCACUAAAUCAAUGCACGUCACUAAACUCCGCCCUCUCACGUUGCAUUGUGGUUAAUAUCAGCUAUUUGAGUCUCCAUGGAACAACACUUCGAAUUUUCAACGUAAACAUUGGACCAUCCAGGACUGCGAUGAUCAUGAUGGCACAUUCAGCUGUAAGCGUGCAGCCAGCAAUGGUGAUGACCACUGAGAGUGCAAAGAUUGGCCAGUGGAGCAGUGGAGUGUGUGACUGUUGUGAAGAUAUGAGCGUCUGUUGCUGUGGUUUCUGGUGUCCUUACUGCCUGAUGUGUAGGACCAGUGAGAAUUUUGGAGAGUGUUUCUGUCUCCCUCUGCUGGAGAUUUGCUUUGGAGGCAUGUUACAUCCUAUCACUCUUGCUAUGAGGAGUUCUAUGAGAGAGCGUUACAACAUUAAGGGUUCAAUACCAGAUGACUGCUGCAUGGUGACCUGUUGCACUUUGUGUGUCUGGUGUCAAAUGGCGAGAGAGAUGAAGACUCGACGCCGCUCCAUUGUGGUCAUUAACACUGCCAUUAAUACAGCACACCAGCAGCCACAAGCGUUGAAUCAGUCAAACCAACCCAUCUAUCACUCCCAAAUCCCCAUGCAUUCUCCCUAUUAAUGCCUAUACAGGCACAUGUGUACAUCUGCAUUUCUAUGUAAACCUUCAUGCCUUUCCGCUGGCAUUUCGAGUAAUCAAGAAAUCUUGAUUUUAAUAUUUAAACUAAUGCGUUUAAAAGUGCCUUUAUAUAUAUAUUGAUAAACAAUAUUUUAGUUGAUAACAUUUUAGCACUUUCUUCUAUAGAAAUAUUGCCAAAUGUUCUUUAUACUCAUAAUAUAUUCAUAUUAAGCAAUGAUUUAGCAAACAAAUUCAAUUUUAAUAAAUAAAGAGUAUUUUUCUUCAA